AUGAGACAACGAAAGAGCGCCAACGGCGAAGGCUCCUCCAAGUCUGAGGCGCCCGCGCGUGCUACUGCACCUACUGGUGCGAGCGGUAUGCUGCGAUUCUACACCGAGGAUAGCCCCGGACUUAAAGUUGGACCCGUGCCCGUGGUAGUGAUGAGUCUGGUGUUCAUUCUAUGCGUGUUCAUGCUGCACAUCUGGGGCAAGAUGCGCCGAUCAUAG